UUAGGGGUUAGGGGUUAGGGGGGAAGGGGGGAGAGGUGUGAGGAUGUUAUAAAUGAUGAUGGCAUGAUAGGGGGGGGUUUCGUAGGAGGAGUUUUCUGUGUGUGUGGGGAUUUGAUUCUAUGUAUGUGUUUAGACGGGGAAUUUAGAUCAGUACAAUCUCACUACCUAGGUAUAUCAAAUCAGCUUUCUGAGCUAAGAUCUAGACGACUGACUCCCUGUAUUUCUGUGAUCCUUUUUGGAUCCUUUUCUUUUCUCUAUUUUUUUUUAUCCGGAUUUUGACUUUAUAGUAAUGCCCCAUUUCCUAGUUUGUGAGGAUUCUUUUGUUACAGUAAUAAUGCCCCGUUUCUUUCUAUUUCCAACCUACCUAUCUUAUGUCUUAUGUGAUGU